CACUGAACAAGAUAUGUAUGUCCAGUGGAAGUCUGUAUUGGCAGCUUUAAGAUUCCGUAUGUCGAAGAUUUGCGUACGUCAGCUGUGGUCUCAACAUUUUGCCGAUCCGGUGAGUGGUAUAGUCGGCCCGCUUUCCCGUUCAGUGAAGCUAUAUAGAACGACAUCCCGACCUUUCCCCGUCCUUCACAACGUUCCUCAACUCUCUCACCUGGUGUUACAUUUCGAACUGCUCUACCUCUCACAAUAUUGAACUUGCCAUGGCACAGAAGACGUACAAAGGAUACGGAAUUACUGACGCGAAUUUAUGGAAGAAUUUCAGCAUUGUUGAGUACCCUUCGAAGAAAUGGGCUGAGACAGAUGUCGAGAUUGCCAUCACACACUGUGGCGUCUGCGCCUCCGACGUGCAUACAUUGAGCUCGGGAUGGGGCGCGAUAAAUGUGCCUUUGGUCGUCGGUCACGAGAUUGCUGGGACAGCAGUGCGCGUCGGCUCCCAGGUGAAGGGAAUAAAGGUGGGAGACCGUGUGGGCGUCGGUGCACAGAUUGCGUCGUGCUAUGACUGCAAGCUUUGCACGCACGACAAUGAGAACUACUGUGCCAAGCGCAUAGACACGUAUGGAGAUAAGUACCCGGAUGGAGUUCGCACUCUCGGUGGUUAUUCGACUGGUAUCAUAGCAGACCAUCGAUACAUUUUUCCGAUUCCGGAAGGUGUGAGCAAUGCGGAUGCUUGCUCAAUGUUUUGCGCAGGAUUAACUGUUUAUUCACCCCUCGUCCGGAACCGAGCCGGGCCGGGAAAGAAAAUUGGCGUAAUUGGUAUCGGCGGGCUGGGUCAUUAUGCUAUUCUCUUCGCAAAGGCGCUCGGCUGCGAGGUCUUUGCAUUUUCACACAGCAGAAACAAGGAGGAGGACUGUCGAAAAAUGGGUGUUGACCACUAUGUCCUUGACUCUCCGGGAUUCGAGAAGCCCUAUCAAUACGCUUUUGAUAUGAUUAUCUGCGCUCGUGAUGCAGUUGACGGGUUCCCACUUCAGGAGUACCUUUCGAUGCUGAACGUCCACGGGAAGUUUGUUUGCGUGGCCCUCCCGGAAAAGCCUCUACCACCAAUCACUGGCUUCACAUUGCUCAACAAUGGAUGCUUCAUCGGGGGCUCGCAUCUCGGCUCGAAGACAGAGGCCCUUGAGAUGCUACAGCUCGCUGCGGACAAAGGUAUAAAGCCUUGGAUUGAGGAGUUGCCGAUGAAAGACUGUCAAAAGGCUAUUGAGGGAAUCUUGUCGGGUAAACCACGCUAUCGUUACGUCCUGACUCAGGACCUAGCAUAGAAUAACAAACAUUUUCAAGAUUGUAUUAAACGAAAUAAUUUAUACUAUCGAAAAG